AUGGCUUCCACAGUUGAAAAGGGCCCGUCCCAGACGAAUUUGAAGCAGUCACCGACUCCUUCUGACGCUGUGUCUGUCAAGAAUGGCACUACCACGGAUUCUGGCCUCGUCCUUACACAUGACGAGUACCACCUGGCCACACUGGGGUACAAGCAGGAGUUCCUACGCAGUCUGGGGUUCUUCGAAAGUUGGGCGGCGACAUUUACCAGUAUGAACUUCAUCAGUGGUAUCCCAGUGCUCUUUGGUUGGGUCAUGUAUACCGGCGGACCCAAGGCUGCCUUUGCCAACUGGACAAUGGUCGGCGGCUUGUCUUGCAUAGUCAGUCUGGUGAUGGCUGAGCUUGGAGCUGCUCUACCCACCACUGGCGGCAUCUACUUCUGGAGCUACCGCUUGGGAGGAGAGAAAUAUGGCCCAUUUCUGUCAUGGAUGACCGCCUGGUGGAACUGGGCUGGCUGGGUCACCGUUGUCCCGGGUGUCCAGCAAGGCUCGACGAAUUUCCUCUUGGCUGCUUUGGAGAUCAAAUAUCCCAACUCAACAGUGCUGUACAAGGGUUGGUUCAGCUGGCUCUUGACCUCGAUCGGAAUGAUCUUCGCCAUGAUCCCCAACAUCUACAGCCCGAAGAUCCUGCAAUGGUAUUUCCGAUUUGCGAAACACUUCAACACCACUUCUGGUGCAUUCGACCUGUUCUACAACGGAAUCAACCUGGGCGAGGAGAAACAAGCGUCCGAUGCAUACUGCUGGGUCAUUUCGGUUCUCUUCGGUGCCUGGGUGUUUUACGGAUACGACGCGAGUGCCCAUCUUGCCGAAGAAACGAAACAAGCCUCGACUGUGGUUGCGAAGGGCAUAUACAUGUCGACGUUUUCGGCGUGGCUCCUGUCCAUCCCAACGCUCAUCAUCGUCCUGUUCUGCAUGCAGGACUUUGACGGCAUUGUCUCGGCCACAUAUUCCAAUAACUGGGCCGAGUACCUGGUCCAGUUGAUCGGCGAGAACGGUGCUGUUGCUAUCCUUUCCCUGCUGUGGGUCGACAGUACGUGUGCCACUGCAUCAUGUUUCAUGUCCGCACAGCGAGUCACCUACGCGAUCUCGCGCGACCAUGUCUUGCCCUUCAGCUCUUUCUUCCGCAAACUCUCCAAACGCAAGAUGCCGGUCAAUGCUGCCCUGCUGGUGUGCGGCGUCUCGAUCGCAGUCACGACAGCAGUAAUCGGGUCGACCGUGGCGUUCUCCGCCAUCACUGCCACCGCAACGAUCUCGACCAACUUCUCUUACCUUUUCCCCAUCAUCGCCAGGCAGACCAUCGGUCGGAAGACGUUUGUCCCUGCAAAGUGGAAUUUGGGAAAAUUCUCGGCACCUCUGGCAACGAUCGCCUCAUUGUACAUCAUGUUUCUCUUCAUCGUGCUGCUCCUUCCACAGCUGUAUCCGGUGACCUCGGAGACUCUCAAUUAUGCACCGAUCUGCAUCGGCAUCAUCACCAUCGUCAGCUUGGGAGGUUGGUUCUUUCCCAAAUGGGGCGCAAUGUACUGGUUUAAGGGUCCAAUCAAGACGAUUACUGAAGCUGAGUUGAGCAAUGCAAGGCUGUCGAGCUCUUCUAUAGCCUGGUCAUACACUGGAUAA